AUGCUCGCCCGCUCUGCAGUCCGUGUUCUUGCCACCAACUCCCGUACCUUCUCUUCGUCUGCUGCAAGGCUGACGAAAGUUGCCGUCCUCGGCGCUGGCGGAGGCAUUGGACAACCACUAUCACUCCUUCUUAAGACUGACCCCCUCGUCACUUCUCUCAGUCUCUAUGAUAUCCGUGGCGCACCCGGUGUCGCAGCAGAUGUAAGCCAUGUUGACGCUCAUAGCGAGGUCAAAGGUUACCCUGCUGACAAGCUCGACGAGGCCCUUGAUGGCGUCCAAGUCGUUGUUAUCCCUGCUGGUGUUCCAAGAAAGCCUGGUAUGACCCGUGACGAUCUAUUUAAUACCAACGCUUCCAUUGUCCGCGACCUCGCAGCGGCGAUUGGCCGUGUCGCCCCUACUGCCCACAUUCUCGUCAUUUCCAAUCCGGUCAACUCCACUGUCCCGAUCGUUGCCUCCACUCUCAAGAAGGCUGGCGUUUACAACCCUGCACGCUUGUUCGGUGUAACGACCCUUGAUGUCGUCCGUGCUGCUCGCUUCACCGCUGGUAUUGCAGGCGUUAAGCCCGCGGACACACCCAUAACUGUUGUCGGUGGCCACAGUGGCGCGACGAUCGUGCCUCUACUCUCGCAGAACGCACACGGAAAGGCUAUUGCAGGCGACAUUUACAAGGCUCUUGUCCACCGCAUCCAGUUCGGUGGUGACGAGGUCGUGAAAGCUAAAGAUGGAGCUGGUAGCGCCACCCUCUCGAUGGCAUAUGCUGGUGCCAAAUUCACCAACUCUCUGUUACGGGGCUUGAACGGUGAGAAAGGUGUCAUCACGCCUACCUUUGUCGAGAGCCCUCUGUACAAGGACCAGGGUAUCGACUUCUUCUCGUCCAAUGUGGAGCUUGGCGUCAAUGGUGUCGAGAAAAUUUACCCACUCGGGCCUCUCUCCACUGAAGAAGAGAAGCUAAUGGAGGCCUGCUUGCCUGAACUCAAGAAGAACAUUGAGAAAGGCAAGGCAUUUGUUGAGAGCCCGUAGAUUGGUUGGUUUUAGAUUUACCGUCACUCAAUACUUUUGCAUUAUGCAUGACUAAUUUAGAGCUCGCGCAUAAACGAACGUGUUGUACAAUGCCUCCCUGUCAGCUACUUACCGAGGGUGUCAUUAGUGUGCACAAGUUGCGGCAAACUGCAGGCACAUUGCUGACAGCCCUGAGUAUAAGGGUCAGUGGCGUGUAUAUAAUAGCCGCUGCGUUCUGUCGUGAUGCAAAAGUGAGGCGCCUUGAAUCAAUGUUGGAUCAACAGUUAAAGGUCUUUGACCCUUGCUUGGCUUGAUGGCACGUUUGAUCCUGAUAGUGACCGACUUGAUGAAUUGUGUCAACAGCGCUUUACGUGAUGGGGCCCCUGGUUGGAACU